UUGUAUAAUUUUGGAAUUUCCUUUAGCAGAUUAAAAUUUCUGAUUUCAGUUGGUUCUUCGAUUUCCCACUUCGUCUCUUACCACAAUGUUCGCCAACAAUCUAAAAUUCCGUCAUCAACUGUUUCAAAUGGCACUCAUAGUUCUGGAAGUCAGCUUCCAAGCCCUCCCAGCCCCACAAAAGUUCGUUCUGAGCCAGAACAAGGAUUUAAAGUUUUUAAAGCUUAUCCCCCUUCUGGCCGAGUAUCAGCACUGCAUAUUACUCCUUCUCCUAGUGACUCUGGUAUCGUUGACUAUGAGACUCUCAUUCGAGACAAGGAAAAUGAACUUCGAGUGGUCAGAAAUACAAUGGAACAAAAUGAAGAGAUCAUAGUAAAAGUUUAUCAAGAAAAAGAGAGAGCAUGGAAAGAAGAACUGGAACACCUUCGUUCACGUCUCAGCGCAUCAGAAAAGGGUGAAAAUGCGUUACGAGCGCAGUUGGCAGGUUGUCAAAAACAGACGGACACGAUGAACCGAACCAUUGAUGGACUUCGUGAUGAGAAGACGGGUCUUCUCAGAAAGUGCUUUCAAUUAGAACGUGAAUUAAUGCAAUUGAAAAUGGAAAAUAACAAACCACGAGAAUGUGAAGAAUGUCGACAGCGUACCCACUCAGGACCACCUCUAAAGCGAUCACUGGUGAGCAUAUUUGAUUCUGAUAAUUCGUUACGUGGUGAGGUUGCUAGUUUACGUGGCGAGGUUGCGACGCUUAAAGAAGCGCUCACUGCCCAAAUGCAGGUGUUUUCCGAUGAGAGAAAAAAGUGGGACCGUGAAGUGAGUCGUCGCUUGGGAUUUUUUUGUUUUUUUUCUAACCUAAUUGGUGAAUAG